UUAAGACUUGAAGGAAGACAAUCUUGUCUACUUAAAUCAACCCUUCCUAUAAAUUGGUUUAAACAAUCCAAAUAACACUUAAUAGCAGAAUCGUGAAGAAUGGAUUGCUGGUCUGCUGAAAAUGCUACCAAUGCCUUUCUCAAAACGCUAAAAAUGGGUGAAAGAGGAAAAGCGCCUGAUGUAACAGAGUUCAUAUCCGCCAUGGCAGCCGGAAAUAAUGCACAACUCAUGGUGAUGGCAUGCUCCGGCCACCCUGGAUCCGCCCUACUAGGUUUAGUAGCGGCGGCUCAUCAAACCAGUGGCCGGGUGAUAUGCAUAUUACGUACACAACAAGACAUGCAUGCAGCUAAAAAAGCAUUAUUGGGAGACUAUGCAAAUUUUGUUGAGUUUGUGAUUGGUUCAGAUGUCAAAACUUUAUUGGCAAGUAAUUAUGAAGGAGCUGAUUUUGUACUUAUCGAUUGUAAAUUGGAGGAUUUCCAAGAAGUAUUUGAAGCAGCACAACAAGGUGUUAGUGUUAAAGGUGCAUUUAUUGUAGGGUACAAUGCCCUGAAUGAAGGUCCUAAGCUAGGUUUUGAUCAUAAGGGUUAUUUUCUACCCAUUGGAGAAGGGUUAUUAGUUAGUAAAAUUACUGUUUCAGAAGGUAAAAAGAUUGUUGGUGGAAAGAGGAGCCACUGGGUUGUUGAGGUUGAUGAAUACACUGGGGAAGAACAUGUUUACAGGGUUUGUACUUCUCCAAAUACAAAGUACUACAGUAGAACGUAACCUUAAGGUUUAUGGCAAAAUCCAGUAACUUUUUUUUAGUGGUGAAAAUAUAGGCAAGCGAAACCUGGCUAGAACACAGGUAUCGUGAAAUUCUGUCGACCUAUGAAGUACUAACAAAUGUUGUAAAUGUACAUCAGAUUGCCAUAGCUGUCUACUCUAGCCUUUGUAAUUAUCAAGAAGAGGUUGGAAAAUUAAUGUAACAGUACAUGUUUAUUUACUA